AUUACAAAUAUGACUUUCUUUCCGGCCACCGUGCUCCUCCUCUGUUUCAUACUUUUCGCCGCCGCCUCUACAGGUGUAUCAUACGCCGGACCCGGCAAUGUCGGAAUCUGCUACGGCCAGUUGGGCGACAACCUUCCAAGUCCUUCAAAGUCCGUCGAGCUCUUGAAAGCCAUGAGGGUGAAGCAAGUCAAGCUGUAUGACUCUAACCCGGUCAUUCUCGGCGCCCUGAGUGGAUCCGACAUCCGGGUUACUGUCAUGGUCCAGAACCAGCUCCUUGUGAGCAUAUCCACUAAUCAAUCUAUCGCAGACGAAUGGAUACAAUCCCAAAUCUUACCCUUUUACCCAAAAACCAAGAUCCGAUACGUUCUCGUCGGAAACGAAAUCCUUUCUUCCUCCGACCGUAACACCCAGCUCAGCCUCGUCCCGUCGAUGUAUCGGAUUCAGAAAUCGCUUGCGAAAUUCGGCCUCCUCCGUAAGGUCAGAGUCACUACCUCAUUGGCCAUGGAUGUGCUUCAAGCUUCUUACCCGCCUUCCAAUGGAACCUUCCGUGCCGACAUCUCCACUCAAAUCAUUAAACCCAUGCUUAAGUUUCUCAACCGCGCUAAAUCCUUCGUCUUCAUCGAUGUAUACCCGUAUUUCGCUUGGGCAUCCGACCCGGUCAACAUCAACCUUGAUUACGCCCUCUUAUCUGCCAACAACAUAAAAGUUACAGAUCCGGUUACGGGUUUAACCUACACCAAUAUCCUGGAUCAAAUGAUAGACGCUGUCUACUUUGCCAUGAAAAGAAUGGGUUACCCGAAACUCCGGAUCUUUAUCGCUGAAACGGGUUGGCCAAAUGGAGGAGACAUUGACCAAACAGGAGCUAAUGUUAACAAUGCCGCAAUUUAUAACCGGAAUGUAAUAAAGAAAUUCACGACCGUACCGGCCAUCGGAACGCCGGCCAAGCCGGGUGUAGUCAUUCAGGCAGUACUUUUUGCCCUGUACAACGAGAACAUGAAAACGGGUCAGGGAUCGGAGAGGCAUUUCGGAGUGUUGUAUCCGAACGGGUCAAGUAUUUAUGGAUUGGAUUUUUCGGGUAAGAUGUACGCCCGAAAUCAACUGAAGAUGUAAUCUAUCAUUAGAUUUAUUUUUCAAGAAAAUAAUAGAGCUUCUUUAACU